AUGUUCGGGUGUAUUUGCGCAGGGCGACAAGUGCAGACAAACCUCCAGGCCGUUUCUCAAACCGAAUUUCUCUUUGUGCUUCCCUCAGCACAGACCAUCAACCACAUUGUCGUCUUUCUCCUUCCAGACACCCAGCUACCGCCUGGUUAUGCGGCUACCGUCUAUUUCCAAUGGCCCGGUAAACCAUUUCAACUCCUCGGCGGAUUGUCGAUGGAGAAGCAAUCCGCAAUAUUCCGGCUGAAAAGUGGCCCUCAAACUAUACCUAGCGGAACGGCAACAGCAGCAGGUACUAGUACCUCGGACGCUAUGGCCGAUGAGAACGGGUUUUAUCCUACCGGAGCAGAAAACAUAACAGCUCAACUCGGUAUAUCGAUAGAACCGAUAGGGCAGGCCCAGCAAAAGCUCAUGAUGCUUCCUGUUCACCUAUCCGGGCUAUCUGCUUCGGCGACCCUUACAUCAUAUGGAGCUACAAUCGUCCCUAGGGAUGGUACUUCGGACUCGAAUGCCCUAGCGAGCAGAGACAGCGCCGCGACUUUAACACUAGCAAGAAGAAUAAUGAAAAAUGCGUUUAAUUAUCUGGGAUCCUUUAGUUCUGGCCCACCGGGAUCUGAGGUGGUCCCCAUGAGAGAGUUUCAAUCGUGGUGGAAUAAAUUCGAACGGAGGCUUACCGUCGAUUCUAGUUUCUUGGAGAAGGAGGAAGAGGCAUAG